CACAGAAGAAACAGGAAGUGGGACCAAAACAAAGGAGCGGCGGCCGGGAGCGGACCUACCUCAUCGCCUCUCGGUUCCGCACCCGGCCCAGGCCGCCGAUCCUAAGGAGCGGUCUGACCAUGUCCAACAUGGAGAAACACCUGUUCAACCUAAAGUUUGCGGCCAAAGAACUGAGCAGGAGUGCCAAAAAAUGCGACAAGGAGGAGAAGGCCGAAAAGGCCAAAAUUAAAAAGGCCAUUCAGAAGGGCAACAUGGAAGUUGCGAGGAUACACGCCGAAAAUGCCAUCCGCCAGAAGAACCAGGCGGUGAAUUUCUUGAGAAUGAGUGCGCGGGUGGAUGCGGUGGCUGCCAGAGUCCAGUCGGCGGUGACGAUGGGCAAGGUGACCAAGUCGAUGGCCGGUGUGGUUAAGUCGAUGGAUGCGACGUUGAAGACCAUGAAUCUAGAGAAGAUCUCCGCCCUGAUGGACAAAUUCGAGCACCAGUUUGAGACGCUGGACGUCCAGACGCAGCAAAUGGAAGACACGAUGAGCAGCACGACGACGCUGACCACUCCCCAGAACCAAGUGGAUAUGCUACUCCAGGAAAUGGCAGACGAGGCCGGGCUCGACCUCAACAUGGAGCUGCCGCAGGGGCAGACGGGCUCCGUGGGCACGAGCGUGGCGUCGGCCGAGCAGGAUGAACUGUCCCAGAGACUGGCCCGCCUUCGGGAUCAAGUGUGAGGGCAGAACCACUCCGAGGUUUCCUGGCUGUGGCCGCCGAGAGAUGCUCCACCCUGGAAACUCACCAUGCCAGAAUGCUGACUUGCCCUUCUCCCUUUGGGUUUACAGCCCUCUCCGGAUGUAAUAAGAAAGUCCAGUCUUUUGGCAACUCUUAACAGGAUUGCAAAUUUCUGUAUAGCUUGUGAUGAUGUGUAUUUUUAUAGCUGCCUUUUAACAACUAGUUAAUUUGGUGUAUAUGGGUCUUUCUCGAAAAUUUGGUCAGAGCUCUAGUUUCUGUGUGUUCAGUUUUCCACCCGUAAUUAUCAGACUGUAAUUUAACUUAGUAUGAUUGACAAUACCUGGAAUGAGAGACAGUGUGUAAAAAUCAAAGAGGGGAAAUGAUUAGUUUGGUUACAUGGCUAUACACCCCUCAUUCAGUGAUUGAAUGGACAGUACUGCUUCUGUAUGUCCUAUUUAUUUUUCCCCAUCAAGAAACACUGCAAUUGAUCUGUUCUCGUAACUUUUACUAAAAUUAUCUUAGGACUUCCGUGCAUAAUGCUUACUGUUCACAUUCUAUAAAUUCAUGUGCUAAUUGUAUAGCUUGAAAAAUACCACAAAACUUCAUUUGUUAUCAAGAAAAAUUUCAUUUCAUUUAUAUUUUAUGUUUACUACGGAGGGUUUUUUAAAAGACGGAAGGUUUAACAUUGGACAGUUUGUUUCAAGCAAACUUAACCCGUUUCUAGUUGUUUUUCCCAUUUCAAACUUUAGACUUAUUACGAAGUGUGUUAAUUAGCAUGGCAGUCAUAUGACUCACUUCAGCAUUGCCAAAGAACUGUUGAUUGCUUUGGGGAAACCCUUGGGACUGUGUGUGUUUAGGUUUUGUUUUGACUUUAAUAACCAAAAGUAGAAAUAAAAUUAGAACUGCGUUUUAAGUUCUAA